AGCGAGAGCGAGAGCGAGAGCGAAAUAUGCAGUGCCAGUGAAUUGCGUGUAUGCAAAGUAAACGUAUGUACGAAAUUACGAAUAAAUGUACGAUAUGUACUUUGAGUGCUGAUGUAAUGCUUGGCGCUAGCGAAGGCCUAUCUGCGACGACUCUGCGUGUACGAGUACGAGUGCAAGUACGUUCGCGUUAAUCGCGUUUACGAGUAUUAUCGCAAUCGCAAUCGCGUGUUUUCAUGUGCUGUGUGUCCUCAGUACUGUUGAUGUGCACCUCUGCCUACAUCGUGUGUCGUAAGUAGAUACCUACUCGUAUCGUACACUUUGAACUUGAAAUUAUCGCGAAUACGCGUUCGCGUUUGCGUUUAGCCGGUACCAUCACAGCUAAGUAUACCCACAGCCACAGCCAAGCUACGAGUAGGUACCAGACCACAGACCUACUACGUAGUACCUAUACGAGUAAUUAUUGACAGCUGAAUAGUUGAAUAUGCUCAGCUUUACUGCACAUUACAACCACUAUUACUCGUCAUAGCAGCAGAAGCAGCAUUAUUGUUCCGCACUCGUACACGGCAAUCGAAAAAAUUCAUAAACAUAAACGCGAACACGUGACGAACGGUGACUGACGCGAAUAGUACGUAAAAUUGAAGCGAGCUGAGCUGAGCUGACGCUUGACAGCCGAUUGCGAUCGUUGCGAUCGCUUCAUGGUCUGCGCCGUGCCUUCGCCACCGCCGCGCCGUAUCCGGAUCCGGAUCCCAAUCCCAUCCAUAUCUACUCGUACUCGUACUCGUAGUCUUACCAUACGAGUAUACCACAUCCACUAUGGAAACGAAGACAUUGCAACAAUUUCAAGACGAACCAUAUUCAACCAAGUGCGCAAAUUUUCGCCGUAACUCUGUUUCAUGGAAAGACGUUAAAUAUCAAAUUGUGACGAGUAAUGUAGCUUUUCUAUUCACUAUCCAUGCCGGAGUAAAUUUGGCAUUUUCAAAUUUAUUGCUAAACGAUUUGGAUCGGGAUACGAGCUCAUGGUUUGCUAGUAUGGGCGCUAUUGGUACUCCGAUUGGAGCGAUCGCUUGCGGACCGUUGAUGGAUAGAUUCGGACGAAAAGCGUGUAACCUGAUGAUCGCUUUGCCGUGCGUCGGUGCCUGGUUAAUUUUGGGUUUGGUAGACCGUCGAAACGUUUUGCUGCUCUAUCUGAGUCGAUUGCUGGCCGGAAUAGCUGCGGGUUUAACCACCUCGAAUUUGGUUUACGUAUCGGAAACGUCGCACAAAAAAUACCGUUCGCUAUUUCUAUCGCUACUCGGUAUACAUUUCGCAUUCGGAAUUCUGCUGACGACGUUGCUCAAGCUGAUAUUCACGUGGAAGCAGAGCGCCGUCUUUUUCGCGGCCUUCUUCUCUGUGGUCGCAUUGCUGGUACUGCGACUGACGCCCGAAAGUCCCGUAUGGUUGGCCAAUUUCCGUAACGAUUUUCACGCAGCCAAACGAUCGUUGAGCGUGCUCAACAGCAACGCCCAGAUUUUGCAAGAAGAAUGGUGCCAACUGCAGAGGACGAACGUGGCGACCGCCGAAGACGAAGAAGAAGACGAAGAGAAAACAGCGAUGGCGGCGUCGACUGGUACACGCGGCGGCGAUGUCGGCGGCGGCAAAUACGGCUGGUUCGAGCCGACCGUUUACAAGCCGCUGGCCACGUUGAUAAUUCUGAUCCUGAUGCAGCAGCUGAGCGGUCUGUACGCGACCGUGUACUACGCGUACGACAUCUUUCCCAGACUGAGUCCGAAAAUUGGUCGCACGCUGAAGCAAGAGGCGUUCGUGCUGUUCGGCGUGGUACGAUUCGUCGCCAGCUUGGUCAGCUGCUGCGUAUCCACCAAAGUAGGCAGACGCAAAUUGCUGAUGGCGUCCAGCGUGGCCAUGCUGCUGGCGUUGGUCUCGACCGUCGUAUCGACCUCCGUAUCCGUAUCGGUAUCGGCGACGCUCGAUGCGGCCGAGUGGCGCGAUUUCGCCGAAUACGCGGCCACUUUCGGCUUCGUACUGUACGUGGGCGUUGGCGCCGUCGGCGUCAUGACCAUUCCCUGGACGCUGAUCGUCGAACUGAUGCCGACCGAGAAGCGCGCUUUCGGAGGCGCCGCGCUCAUAUCGUACGCCUAUCUGCUCAUCUUCGUCUUGGUCAAAACGCUGCCGUUUGCGCUCGAUUACGUCGGCGUCAUCGGCACCUUUACCUUUUUCGCCGCAAUCUCGCUGCUCAUCACCUUCUUCGUGUAUUUCUUCGUUCCAGAAACGCUGAAUCGUACCCUCUUCGAAAUCGAAUCGUUUUACGCUCACGCUAACGCUAACGCUAACGCUGCCGCUGCCGCUGACUAUCCCAAAAUUUCAAGAUGAAUAGCUCCGCGACUGUGCCAGUGUUCGAGGGUUAAUUUCGAUCAGCGUCCCGUCCAAUGUUGCAGCCCAACUCUUAUUUCGAAUUUUCGAUCAUCCGGUAAAAUGAAAGAAAAACGCCCAACAAUCGCGUGCAAGUAUACGAGUACACCACUAGUCCUAAAAUCCUACUACAUACGUCACAACGCGAUGUAUCGAAUCCAUUCGUGCAUUUAUACCUCACUAUCUAUUAUACGUAAAAUACGUAAAUGUUAUUACAUAUUAUAUGAAAUCUAUGCACUCGGUGCUCGGAAAGCACUAAUUCGUAUGUGCAUGUGCCAUAAUUACUUGUAUCACGUACCUACGUGUAAUGUGCAAGUACUAAGUAAUAAGUAAAUAAUGUACUAUUUGCAUAGGUACAGGUACCUAGACUGACAAUGAUACGUUUUGAGCGUCUAAUUCCGAAUUCGAACAAAAUAAACGUUUGUUUGUAGUAA